AUGCCAGGCUCCGUACACCCCACACAGACAGCAUCGGGCAAUAUGUCCCCGCAGCAGCAGCAGCAGCAACAGCUCAGUGGUGGCGCCAGUCAGCAACAGCAGCAGCAGCUGCCACGCAACAUUCAGCAGAACCAGAAAACGCGUAAACCAUUCUUCAUGCCAUAUAUGAGUGUCGAUGCUGGUGUUUUACGCGUUAAUCAGCGCAACUAUGAGGAAUCGUUUGUGGAUAAUCCGAUGGGUGACGAUCAGCAGGAUAUUCUGAUCCUCGGUGUCCACGAUCGUAACCGUGCGCUGCAUGGUGAUGUCGUUGUUGUACGUAUCAAGGAUCGAAAUUGUUGGGUGAUCCGUGAUGCACUGUACGAAGCAUGGCGUGCUGGAAAUUUGAAAGCAACUGUUGAUGAUAAUGGACAGCCGCUUACAAUUCCACCGGUCAGGCGUGAUCAAACGGAAACGGAUCCAUCGCCGGCCGAACUUUUAGAUCUCCCAGUUAGCGUCGAAAAAUGUGUAUCCAGUGAGCAGUUGAAGCAGGAUGUGCCAGUGACCAGAAAUCGAAAAUAUAGUCGCGAGCAAAUGCUCUGUAUUGGUGCUAAGCGAGAAUUAGAGCGACGCCGACGGAUGAGUGCAGCGGAUGGUGAUGACAUCGAUUCGGACAUCCUCAGCACAAUCGCGAAGCUUGCAAUUGUUAAAAAAAGCGAUUCACCAACAAGGUUCCCGCAAGUUGGAGCGCCUGCUGGUGCUACCCCAGCUUCAAGUUCAGGAGUAGGAGCAAAUACAACAAGGCGUGUUAUUUCGAGCAACAGCACCAGUGUGCAGCGACGCGCCACUUAUCGUAUCUUAUCGGAUAUGCCGGAUGAGGACUGGGGAAUUCCGGAUAUGUGCCUCCAGAAAACUGCCGAGGUUGUUUAUAUCAGCGAACAGAAGAAUUGCCGUGCAGCAGUGGGUAUGUUGAAAGUGAUGGCCGAUGGCAAUCGUAACUGGGCACUUUUUUCGCCAGGCGAUUCACGCAUGCCACGAAUGAUGAUACCAGCGGAACAGGCACCUCCCGGUUUUUUCGAUCGCCCCCAGGAUUUCUCGAAAUUCAUCUACGUAGCACGUAUGGUGGAAUGGCAAGCAACAGCACAGUUUGCACGGGGGAAAUUAUACAAGAGUUUGGGCUUGGCUGGUGAUAUUGAAGCAGAAACGGAAGGUUUACUUUUAGCGAAUGAUAUCGAUACGCGGGAAUUCUCCUCCUCUGCAUUAUCAUCACUUCCAAUCACCGAAGCUUGCGAAUGGAAAAUCGAUGAGAAGGAAUUCAAAUACCGACGUGAUUUUCGCAAUGAAACUGUGUUUACAAUCGAUCCUGUGACAGCACGAGACAUGGAUGAUGCCUUACAUGUAAAAGCAAUUGAGGACUGCGAUGGCAAUGGUAAUCCUGGCUGGGAAGUGGUACCAAUGCUCCCACGAAUUCUGUGCGAGGAGCUCUGUUCGCUGAAACCGGGCAUCGAUCGCCUGACAUUUUCGGUGGUUUGGAAGAUGAGCGAUGAGGGGGAGAUAUUCGGUGAAUGGUUUGGACGUACAAUCAUUCAUUCAUGCUGCAAACUCUCCUAUGAACAUGCACAGGAUUUUAUCGAACGUCCGGAUCAUGAUUUUGAUGCAAAUGAAUUACCUGAAGUGUUCAAUGGCAGGAAAGGGGAAGAUUUGAAGAAAGCUGUUCUCCAACUUCACAAGGUGAACUCGAUUAUUGUAGCCAGAAAUUAA